CUGAGACAUAAUUAAUGAUAUACUAUCUAAGACCUAUUUACUUAGAGGUUAUGUUUGUGUUUAAUAUAGGACAUAGGUCUUGUAUCUGUAAAUUUAAAGAAUAAAUAAACCUCAAAUUUUGUACCUUUUGUUGGUUAAUUCACAAAAUGCUGGACAAGAUUAUAUACAACACUGUUCUUUCUCAGACGCUUUCACCUUGUGGGAAAUAUUUGGUAGCCGGCAAUAUUUAUGGCCAAUUGGCUGUUUUUGAUCUGGAUAACAUAUUCAAUCCAGUAAUUGAACUACUCACCUCUGAAUUUAAUAAGCCUAAACACAUACAUACACUUGAGUCUGGCAGUCAAGUAUGUAGUUUAGUAAGCACAAAGAAAUUCCUGGUGGUUGGUACAGUAAAUCAAAUAUUGGGAUGGGACUGGAAAUCUCUAGGACACUCAAAAUUGGGUAAGCCAGCAUGGAAUAUAACAAUACGACCAAGAUCUCUUUUUGAAAAUUGUGAUAUCAAUAGUUUAUGGUGCUCCGAAGACGAGGAGAAAAUAUAUGCUGGUUGUGGUGACAAUAAAAUUUAUGUUCAUAAUUUAGAAGAUGGUCGACUUGUCAAUUCAUAUGAAGGACACUCUGAUUUUGUGCAUUGUGUACAUGGGAAUGGUAAACAGAUAAUCUCGUCUGGUGAAGAUGGAUUGGUUUUGCUCUGGGACACGCGGACCAAGAAGUCACACAACAAAAUAGAACCUCACAGGAACAGCAAAGUACAGCGACAUGAUAUUGGCAAGUGGGUUGGUGCAGCUGCGCUCGGAAACGAUUGGAUUAUCUGUGGCGGAGGUCCUAGACUAUCUCUUUGGCAUUUACGCUCCCUCGACGUCGUCACGGUGUUCGACCUCCCGGACAACGGCAUCCAUGUGGCAUUCUUCCACGACGAUUGCGUAUUCGCUGGCGGCGUAUCCAAACAUUUGUAUCAACUGAGCUACUCCGGCGACAUCAGAGUCGAGCUACCAGUGUCGGCGACCACAGUGUAUUCCGCGGUGUUGAGGACAAACCCGCGCAAAGUUUUGUCUAUCGCCGGCUCUAGUCCGGAGAUUGAUCUGUGCACUACGUUUAAUUAUAGAGAUCAAGUUUUGCAUUUUAGAUAACUGGAAAUAAAACCGUUUUUUAUAUAAA